AUGUCUUUGGUUGAGAGCCUCCGCCACGUCUCACCCGAGGCGUUUGCCCGCACGGCCGCCGACCUGCUUGACGCGCUCCAAAGAGAGAACGACCAAGCGUGCGCCAAAUGCGAGGCCAAGCUCACGCGUCUGAGCGCGCAGCUGACGCAGGCGACGACCGCCCGUGCCGACGCCGUCGCACAACACCGAUCCACGCUCAACGACAAGGCCAUGUACGACCAGCGCCUCACCGAGCACGAGGCGUCGAUCCGAAUGCACCAAGGCAACGUGGCUCGGGAGCACGCGGAGAUCCACCGACUCGGAAAUGUCAUUCGCACCGAGCGCCAGCGGCAGAGCAACGCCGCAUACGACCUCAUUCCGCUGCACGGCUUUUUUGCUGGUCUCAUUUCGGGCGACCUCAGACGCACGAUCCCGUUCUACUCACAGAUCGACGGCCUCAUUUCCGUGGCCGAGAACGAUCUCGGAGCAGCGCAGCGCCGCCUGGAAGGCUCAAAACAGGCUCUGGCGCGCCUCUGCAGCGACUUGGCGUUGACCAGAGCGGCCCAGAGCCAGACGCAAGCCCAAAUCGGGCAGCUCAACGAUCGCCUCGAUGCCCUUCAACGUCAGAUUCAAGGUUUGGAUCGCGAGACGACCUCGACAGGGCAGCAAUUGACGCAGUUGCACGAGGUGCGAAUGGCGGUCUUGAAACUCCGCACCAAGUACGGUCUCACUGCCUCGCGUGUUGCGCUCGUCGCGACGAUCAAGAAGGACUUUAUCAAGGUCGCGUGUCUAGAGGACGUUCAGCGCCUCGUUCAGCAACACUCUAAGGCACUCCACUUGCUCUAA